AUGCUAGGACAAUUAGGACUCGGUGCCCUAUCACUUCUCCCUUUGACAUUCGCAACAGCGCUGCUUCCUCGAGAUACAGCCUGCAAUAACUCUCCUAGUCUCUGCUCAAAGUCCUAUGGGGAAAUCACACAUCUGGGGACGCAUGAUAGUCCGUUUGUACGAGAUGCAUCGACCGGCUAUUCGACCGCAGCGAACCAAUACUACAACACCACUUUACAACUAGACGCUGGCGUUCGCAUGGUAACGGCGCAAGUCCAUUUGCAAAACUCGGAGUGGCACCUGUGCCAUUCGAGCUGUGAGCUGUUGGACGCGGGGAAACUGAGCACAUGGUUAAAAGAGAUCAAGAGCUGGUUAGACUCGAAUCCGAAUGAUGUCGUCACAGUUUUGCUGGUCAACUCUGAUAACGCCUCUGCCUCCGAUCUGAAUUCCGAAUUCGAAACUGCAGGAAUAGUCGACUACGCAUAUAAACCCACCUCCUCAUCCGCACCAAGCUCAUGGCCUACCUUGCAGACUUUGAUCAAUAAUGGGACUCGGCUGAUGGCCUUUGUGGCGUCCUUGGACUCCAACACAGAUGCCCCUUACCUUAUGGAUCAAUUCUCGUUUGUAUGGGAGACGAGUUACGACGUAACUUCGCCAUCGAACUUCUCCUGCAGUCCCGAUCGGCCGUCCACCGUGAAGAAUGAUCUCUCCGCUGCGCUUUCGUCCAACCGCCUGCCAUUGAUGAACCACUUCCUGUAUGCAACAACCAUCCUGAAUAUUGAGUAUCCCAACUCCACUUACGCCCCAACCACAAAUGCACCCUCCGGCGGAGCGGGGAAUCUAGGAGACACAGCGACGAAGUGCCAGAGCGCUUACGGCCGUCAGCCGGCCUUUAUCUUGGUGGAUUUCUUUGACAAAGGCCCAGCCAUCGAUACCGUGGAUAAGCUGAAUAAUGUCACCUCGCCUGUUGGGCGUACCAACCUCACAACGAGCUCAAGCUCGAGCACGACCACGCAAACGAGCUCUGCCUCAACCUAUUCGAACGUCUUCAAGGGAUUGGUUGAGCUAGUACAGCAGGCCAAAUCGGGCUCGAAUCCCAGUAUGGGCGACUGGGUUUGGGUUGGGGGAGACUGGGGAAGUCUUCUCGGCGGCGGUAUAACUCUGUAG